AUGGCUACUGAACAAUCCCCUUUACUCAGUGUUGGGAAUGAUGCUAUUGAUCCUCCUGAUAGAAUUGAGAGACAUCGUGUGAAGUUUCCAUUGGGUCUCAUCGCAUUUCUCUCAUUGAUUGUUGGGUUUGUCUUAUUUGUCAUAUUCGUACCGCAUAAUACUCAACUAACUCCUAAUAUAUUUUCCCACUUGAAAGCAUUAAAUGAAAUUGCAAAAAAAUCAAAUAACUCUCGUUCAAUAACAAAUGGAUAUAAUGCAUCAGCUGAAUAUAUUAUUAGUAAUUUAAUUAAUAAGACAAAUUGUGAUGUAAAAUUACAAUAUUUUAAAGUACCCAUUUGGGAGAAAGAAAAGGAGGCAGAGUUGAAUGUCUCGUUUGUUAGCACUGAUGAAAUGGUUGUGUUUCAAGGUGGUAUCGAUUUUUGGAGUGAGUAUUUCAUGCAAAAUUUAAAAUUUACGGACAUGCUUUUAUGUCGGUGUCGAUUUUAUAAAGGUAUGCGAGAUGGUGGUCAAGCAGCAAGCUUGGUUUCUCAAAAAAUUGUUGAAAUACAAGACCCCCUUGAUAAUAAGACUGAAUGGAAUGUUCAAGGAAAUAUUGUUCUGAUUCAAUUUGGAAAUUUUAGUGUUUGGGAUGUUGCGUAUAAAGCUGAACAAAAUAAAGCGUCUGCCGUUGUUUUCUAUAAUUCACCAGAGCAAACCAAACUUUCAUAUGUUCGAGUAAGGAUUGCUGAAUGGAAAGAAGGAGAUCCUUUAAUGAGCAUACCCGUUAUUGCAGCCUCUAAUUCACUUGGCCGAAUACUCAAGAUUUCAUCCUCCGUCAAUAUCACUACUUACACAAAAAUUUUUGUCACCGAGACAUUUAACAUUUUGUGCUAUUUAAACGAUCAUGGUGAUAAAGAAAAUACAAUAAUUUUAGGUGCCCAUUUGGAUUCUGUUCCUGCCGGUCCUGGUAUGGUUGAUAAUGCUUCUGGGUCUGCAACAUUACUGGAGAUUCUGUUGAUAUUAGAGAAACAACAGUAUAAACCAAAGAAUAGAUUAGCAUUUGCUUGGUGGGGAGCUGAGGAGAUUGGACUGGGGGGAUCAAGACAUUUUGUUAGAAAGCUUGUUAAAAGCAAAGAUAAAAAACAUAUUGCCAUGUAUUUGAAUUUUGAUAUGUUAGGAAGUCCGAAUUAUAUACCAUUUAUUCUAAAAGGUUCGGAUGCACCACCAGACGCAAGAAAUGGCUCAAUAAAAAUUCAACACAUGUUAGCAGAUGAAUUCAAAAAAUUAAAUGAACCCUAUGAUAUUUCUAGCAUGUUGGGUGGUAGUGACUUUUUACCUUUCGUUCAAAAGGGAAUUCCAUCAGGUGGUCUUUAUACUGGAUCAAGUGAAAUAAAAAGUAGUGAAUCACAACAAAAAUUUGGUGGAAUUGCUAAUGUACCUUUAGAUCCUUGUUAUCAUCAAGCAUGUGACAUGUUGGAUAACGUUAACAAAGAUGCUAUUGGCUUGAUGUCAAAGGUUGCUUUGGAAGUAAUCGUUAAAUUUGGAAGUAUGAAAGAUUUGAGAAAACAUUUGAAUAAGGGAGUAGAAAAUAUUUAA